AUGGGACAGAGGAGGAGUAAUGAAAUUGAGAUAGAGGGAGGGAGUAUGUUCAGCGAGAAAAUGAGAAGAGCUCAAAAAGCUUACUGCGUUAGAGAUUGGAAAGCCUUCAAGCAAAUCUUUGAGGGAGACAAGAAAGAACUGCUCAACAAUUUUGACUUGGUUGGGAACCACGCUCUCAGCAUCGCAAUUCGCAGCCGUGAUCGUAAUCUCUUUAAGGAUUUGCUGGAGAUGCUAUCCGAAGAAGAAAGGUGGCUCGCAUUGACCAAGCCCAGUCGUGGAGGCAACACUAUUCUUCACAGUAUCGCCGCACGAAGAAGAGUGUACAUGGAGAUAAUAGAUUUUAUACUCGACUACGAAAAGGAGGCGGCGGCGGCACUGCCGGAGGAGGAAAACAAAAGGAGAGGGCCGAAAUUACUGGAGAGGAAAAACAGAAGAGGUGAAACGCCACUGUUCAGGGCUGCUGCGUUCGGCAACCUCAAGAUGCUCCACCAUGUGUUCCAUAAGGAGCAUUUUGCAGAAGCAGCUCAGUCCGAGGGUGACGCUUUGAAAAUUCACCAAUACAGCAAUACUGAGACCAUUCUGCAUGCUAGCAUUAAUGCCCAACAUUUUGGUUUGUAA